UGUUCUGCAUAAUCUCCUGCUCCACCCUCCAGUCCAGAUGGUGGCGGUAAUGCACCGAACCGCCAAUAAGCACUAAAAGAAGAAGAAGAAGAAGAAGAAGAAGAAGCGCAACAGCGCGUAAGCAGAAAGUUACCGGAGCUUCACUUUAACAUCUCAAAGUGUUCAGAUCCUACGGCGAGAACGGACCUGCGUUCCCGCGAGAACAGACUCGGGAGACGGACUCGCGCUUUCGGGAGAUCGGUCGUUUCCGCAAUCGGAACAGCAGCUGACUUGAUGACGUCACCACGUCAGUUGGUCUCGCUAAUACGUUUUAUGUUGAGUAUUUUACUAUUAUCAAGCUUUUGUUUUAUUUUUAUUUAAAAUUAGAAACUAUAUAUAUUAUAUUGAUCAUUAAAUAUAUAUAAUCAGUCAUAAAAUAAUUAGGCAAAGUAUGUCAAUGGAUCAGAUCAGAGUUGUUAUACAGUCCAACAUCUUUUUAAAGCAGAUGAAGAGGAGCAGCUGUAGUUUGUGGUGCUGCUGAACUUUACUGGAUUACAAUGACAGGUGUCAAUCUAAUAUUUAUUCAUAUUAGAUGGAAGAAACAAAAACGUUACUUAGUUGAACGUUUAAAUUAGGGCUGUUGUAUUACAUCACACUGCAUUAGCUUUAUUUUUGUAUGGUUUCAUAAAGGAGGACGUUGGGCACAGUAACAACAAUUAAACAGUACAUAUUUUACUGGAUAGUAACACAUUCCACACACACCUACCGUUUGUCUCCUUGUUACUCAAACAUCAAGAGGCUGAUCAUCAGUGUGGUGUCAUCGUACCGUUAAAUGCACAAACAUCACUAUUCAUUAAAAUGGUGAUGUACCUGAACCUCUUCUGUGUCUCUACAUUAAUAGUGAUUAACCUCAUAGUAUUGUAUGUAUAUAAUGUAGUGAUCAAUGAGGCUACAUACUGUUAGAUAGAUGACAUGAUCAUUAGUGAUUAACAAAGUAUUUCAUAUCUAUGAUGCAGUAAUCAAUGGAAGCUACAGUUAGAUAGGUGACAUCAUUAGUGAUUACAUAGUAUUUAAUAUCUAUGAUGCAGUGGUCAUAGAGGAAAAAAGUAGCAGAUUAUAGUCCGGAAUUUCCGUAAAUGUUGUAAAUCUGAACACUUUGUUGCUACGUCACCAUGACAACGUCAAAUAGGUUUAUUGUACUUUUUACUCUGAUUUGAACGUCUUUUAGGCUGUUUGCUGACGUCAUUUUAAGUACCGUAUUUUCGCGACUAUACGGCGCACCUUCAAUGAAUCGGCGAUUUUAGAACUAUUUUCCUAUAUAGAGCGCACCGGAUUAUAAGGCGCAUAGAAUAGAAGAUACUGCAGUAAAAGGUUUGACUGGGGCUGCGUUGUGCAUCCACUAGAUCGGGCUGUGCUAAAUCAAACGUUAUUAAGCGUUCACUCCCAUGGUAACGUUGUUCUAACGUUAAUGUGGAUAUCAACAAUAUCUCUGAACCUCCAACUUUCCUUCUUGAUUCAUGAAAACAUUCUUGGUAAAUGCUUUGGUGCAUCUUGCACCGAGAGGCAGCGCUGGAACAGACGGCGGACCGUCAGCGCGAUCCCGACAUCCAACUACGAGCUUUAAUAUACGCUGUUGGAGCUGCUGGCACCAGACUUUCCCUCCAAUGGAUCCUCGUUAACCAAUAUGGAUCAACCAAUUGAUCCAUAUACAUGGCGCUCCGGAUUGUAAGGCGCACGCGUCGUUUUUUUAGAAAAAAAAGGAUUUUAAGUGCACCUUUAUAGUCGCAAAAAUACAAUAAUGAUGUAAACAUGUUAUUAUGACAGCCUGAACACACUUUUUUAACGUCACAAUGACUUCUGGGUAAUUUCUUUGGGCCGAUUCAGUCAUCCAAAGCUGACUUAAGGAAAUGAUUCAUAAAGGACUCAAACACUGUGACAGAUGUGAGUCUGUGAGUCUGUUUGCUAAAUGGUGGAUGGAAUGAACUUGUUUCUCUUUUCUGGUUUUCUGACCCUUCAAAGCGCUUUAAGGCUUCAUGUCAUCAUUCACACACUGAUGAAUGACAGCAGCUACCACACAGAGACACCUGUCCAUCAGUGACCAACAUUCACACAGGACUCACAGCCACAGCAGCAAUGUGGGUGAAGUGUCCUGCUCAAGGACACAUGGACACAGGUCAACAGGACCUGGGAUCCAAGCCACAGUCGCUGAGGGAGCAGGUUGGGAUUGUGUGACAGAGGCCGACAGCAUCUGCUGCUGUGACGUGAAUGUGAGGUGAAUGAGCUCUGUGUGUUUGUCCUGAUGAAGAUGAAUAAUGUGUGAGAUCUCCCAGCAGGUUGUUAUGAAGGUGUGAAGGUGUGGACUCUGCUAUGAAUCAGACUGAGGACCCAGAGGACAGAGUCCCUCCCUCUGAAGCCCCUCUGUGUGGGGGACAUGACAGACAGACCAAAGCUCAGAGGACCCAUCAGAGACCAGAACCUGGACCUGGAUCCAGCUGUGUCUCCAUGAAGAGUAACCGGUCUAUGGAUCGUCCUAUAGUCUUCAAAGACGUCCGUCCCUCUGCUGAUGCAAGUUCACAUCAGCAGAGAAGAAAGUCUCCUGAACCCAGAUGUGUGUCCAUGAAGAGUGAUCGGUCUAUUGAUCAUCUGAUUAACUUCAAAGAUGAUCAGUCUAUGGAUGAUUGGAUUAACUUCAAAGAUGGACGCCGUUCUUAUGACCCACAAGAGGACCAGGAGAGCUCAGAGGUUCCCACAGAGUCUGCCCAGCAGCAUCAAACCCAGCUGGACUCCAUCUUCAUGCUGCUGGAGGAGAACAUCCUCACCUUUGUGAAGAACGAGCUGAAGAAGAUCCAGAAGGUUGUGAGUUCAGAUUACCCAGAAUGCUUAGAGAAGGAGGAUGAGGAGGUGCUGGAUGAAGAGCAGAGGAGGAGCAGAGAGGCAUUUAUGAAGAUCUCUGUGCACAUCCUGAGGAGAAUGAAGCAGGAGGAGCUGGCUGAGCGUCUGCAGAGCAGACUUUCUGCUCCAGUUUGUCAGCGUGAACUCAAAUCCAACCUGAAGAAGAAGUUCCAGUCUGUGUUUGAGGGCAUCGCUAAAGCAGGAAACCCAACCCUUCUGAAUGAGAUCUACACAGAGCUCUACAUCACAGAGGGAGGGACUGCAGAGGUCAAUGAAGAACAUGAGGUCAGACAGAUUGAAGCAGCAUCCAGGAGACCAGCCAGACCAGAAACAACCAUUAGACAAGGAGACCUCCUCAAAGCCUCAGCUGGAGGAGAAGAACCAAUCAGAACAGUGAUGACUAAGGGAGUGGCUGGCAUUGGGAAAACAGUCUUAACACAGAAGUUCACUCUGGACUGGGCUGAAGACAAAGGCCACCAGGACAUACAGUUCACAUUUCCAUUCACCUUCAGAGAGCUGAAUGUGCUGAGAGAGAAGAAGUUCAGCUUGGUGGGACUUGUUCAUCACUUCUUCAGUGAAACCAGAGCAGCAGGAAUCUGCAGGUUUGAAGAGUUCCAGGUUGUGUUCAUCUUUGACGGUCUGGAUGAGUGUCGACUUCCUCUGGACUUCCACAACAAUGAGAUCCUGACUGAUGUCACAGAGACCUCCUCAGUGGAUGUGCUCCUCACAAACCUCAUCAUGGGGAAGCUGCUUCCCUCUGCUCGCCUCUGGAUCACCACACGACCUGCAGCAGCCAAUCAGAUCCCUCCUGAGUGUGUUGGCAUGGUGACAGAGGUCAGAGGGUUCACUGACCCCCAGAAGGAGGAGUACUUCAGGAAGAGGUUCAGAGAUGAGGAGCAGGCCAGCAGGAUCAUCUCUCACAUCAAGACCUCACAAAGCCUCCACAUCAUGUGCCACAUCCCAGUCUUCUGCUGGAUCACUGCUGGAGUUCUGGAGAACGUGUUGAAGACCAGAGGGAGAAGAGAGCUGCCCAAGACCCUGACUGAGAUGUACAUCCACUUCCUGGUGGUUCAGUCCAAAGUGAAGAAGGUCAAGUACGAUGGAGGAGCUGAGACGGAUCCACACUGGAGUCCAGAGAGCAGGAAGAUGAUCGAGUCUCUGGGAAAACUGGCCUUUGAUCAGCUGCAGAAAGGCCACCUGAUCUUCUAUGAAUCCGACCUGACAGAGUGUGGCAUCGAUAUCAGAGCAGCCUCAGUGUACUCAGGAGUGUUCACUCAGAUCUUCAGAGAGGAGAGAGGACUGUACCAGGACAAGGUGUUCUGCUUCGUCCAUCUGAGUGUUCAGGAGUUUCUGGCUGCUCUUCAUGUCCAUCUGACCUUCUUCAGCUCUGGUGUCAAUCUGCUGUCAGGAGAACCUGAACCAGUGCGUCUCUACCAGAGUGCUGUGGACCAGGCCUUACAGAGUCCUAAUGGACACCUGGACUUGUUCCUCCGCUUCCUCCUGGGUCUUUCCCUGGAGACCAAUCAGAGUCUCCUACGAGGUCUGCUGACACAGACAGGAAGUACCUCACAGACCAAUCAGAAGACAGUCCAGUACAUCAAGGAGAAGAUCAAUGAGAAUGUGUCUCCAGAGAAAAGCAUCAAUCUGUUCCACUGUCUGAAUGAACUGAAUGAUGGUUCUCUAGUGGAGGAGAUCCAACGGUCCCUUAGAUCAGGACGUUUCUCCACAGAUGAACUGUCUCCUGCUCAGUGGUCAGCUCUGGUCUUCAUCUUACUGUCAUCACAAGAAGAUCUAGAGGUGUUUGACCUGAAGAAAUACUCUGCUUCAGAGGAGGCUCUUCUGAGGCUGCUGCCAGUGGUCAAAGCCUCCAACAAAGUUCUACUCAGUGGCUGUAACCUCUCAGAGAGAAGCUGUGAAGUUCUGUCCUCAGUCCUCAGCUCCCAACCUUCUAGUCUCAAAGAACUGGAUCUGAGUAACAACGACCUGCAGGAUUCAGGAGUGAAGCUGCUGUGUGAUGGACUGAAGAGUCCACACUGUGACCUGGAGACUCUCAGCCUGUCAGGCUGUCUGAUCACAGAGGAAGGCUGUGCUUCUCUGGUCUCAGCUCUGAGAUCCAACCCCUCCCACCUGAGAGAGCUGGACCUGAGCUUCAACCAUCCAGGAGACUCAGGAGUGAAGCUGCUGUCUGAUGGACUGAAGGAUCCUCACUGGAGACUGGAGACUCUCAGGGUGGAGCCUGCUGGAGUCCGAUGGAUGACACCAGGUCUGAGGAAGUAUUCCUGUGAACUCACAAUCGACACAAACACAGUGAACAGACAACUCAAACUGUUGGACAACAACAGGAAGGUGACACGUGUGAAGGAGGUUCAGUCAUAUCCUGAUCAUCCAGACAGAUUUGACUCCUAUCCUCAGCUGCUGUGUAGAACUGGUCUGACUGGUCGCUGUUACUGGGAGGUCGAGUGGAGAGGAGAAGUUCAUGUAUCAGUGAGUUACAGAGGAAUCAAGAGGAAAGGAGACAGUGAUGACUGUGUGUUUGGAGACAAUGAUCAGUCCUGGAGUCUGAGAUGCUCUGAUGGAGGUUACUCUGUCCGUCACAAUAAGACAUUUACACCCACCUCCUCCUCCUCCUCCUCCUCCUCCUCCUCUGGUAGAGUAGCAGUGUAUGUGGACUGUCCUGCUGGCUCUCUGUCCUUCUACAGAGUCUCCUCUGACUCACUGAUCCACCUCCACACCUUCAGCACCACAUUCACUGAACCUCUUUAUCCUGGGUUUGGGUUUGGGUUUGGGUUUGGGUCCUGGUUCAGUCCUGGUUCCUCAGUGUCUUUGUGUCCUCUUCAGGACGGAGAGUCUCCUCCUGGUGGAGAACCUUCCUCUCUGCUCACCACAUAGUUCAGUGUGUACAGCUGAUGAAGGUCCAUGUAGGUGCAGGUGGAGCAGGUGAGGGGUACCUGAGCUGGUCUGGACUCUGGGGGUCCACAGCUCUCUGGGACUUGUGCUGUUGCAGAUGAACGUGUGAAAGAGCUCAGCGAGGUGUGUUUUAAUGUCUCUGUGCUCGAUGCCUCUGUGGAUGAAUCAAUAAUCAUCAUUUAGAUGUUGGCUCCUAAUUACAGUUUAAUCUUAAUCUUUAUGUGUCACAAUGUUCAAGAAGACAUUUUAUACGACUAAUGUAUCUGUUUGAUAAAUUGUGCUCAAAUUUUAACUUCAAAUAUUUCAAUGUGUCACAUUAAAGAUCAUUUCACAUAAUUCAAUUCAUUUUAUUUUGUAUAGCCCAAAAUCGCAAAUUACAAAUUAGCCUCAGAGGGCUUUACAGUCUGUACACAUGCAACAUCCUCUGUCCCCAAACCCUCACAUCGGCACAGGAAAAACUCCCCAAAAUAUGAAAAAAAGGGAAGAAACCUCAGGGAGAACGUCAGAGGAGGAUCCCUCUCCCGGGAUGGACAGACUGACAUGGAUGUCAUGUGUACACAAUCAACAAUGUAAAAGAUAUCUGCUUUGUUCCUUUUUAAAGCUUCAGCAAACCUCUGAAAAAAAGCUUUAAUGACAGAUAUUAGUUGUAUUUUUAUUAAAGUUACAUAGAAGUACAACGUUUAGUCCCUCCAUGUAGUACUUUGUGUUGUAUAAUUGUUAAUAAAGGUGUUUAAUGUGAAACUUUAUUGAUGAGCAGCGUUCUGCUCGUCGUGUCAUAAACUUUUCUUUCUUCAACAAGAACCUGAGAAACGAGUAAAUGUCCAUAACGCAGAAGAGCCUUUUUAUUUCUAUUAAUCAAUAGUUGGUUUGUGGUGAAUCAGAUGGUGGCCUGUGAGGGUCACUUUGGUCUCCAGCUCUUUAGUCACAUGACUUCCUGCUUCUUA